AUGGCAACACCUCUGAAUAAUUCUAUUUAUGAUACAAUUGAUAAAUUAUCUAUAUCACCAAUUCCUGCUGCUGUAUUAGGAGGGUCUCUUGUUCUUAAAGGAUUAUUUGGUACCAACGCUACCCCAGUAGAAGUCAGUGCCAAUGGUGGUGGUGGUGGUGGUAGUGGUGCAUUCAAAUUGGGUCGUAAAGUGGCUAUUGCCAGACCAACACGAUCAUCUUGCUUUACAUUUGGAGGAGCGUCACUCUUAGGUGCAUGGAUGAUGUAUGAUGGCGAUCCUGUGAAUGCUAGUGGAUUCAAUUUUGCAUGGCUGGUGUUGUACCUUAUGGUCAAUGGUAAAGCAUCCGUCCUGAAUAUAUUCAAAGGGAGAAUAACCCCACUUGGACUUAGUGGGUUAGCAUUAGUUAAUACAGGCCUCUAUGGAAGGGAAUUUUUCUGGAGCAAAAAUAGCCCGUUCAAGUAA